AAUGUUUCGUGAUUUUAAUUUGAUUUUGACAGUAUGGAUAGUUCUGAUUGAAGUUGUUCAUGUUUGUCAAGAUAGCUGGGCAAGUGCUGGGCUUGUUUAUCUGGACACAUUAUACACGCCCAAAUUACAGAGUGUGGUCUGUUGGUGCUUCGUUACCGCUCAACGUAAAAAUGCAGCAGUGGCGGCUUCAUAUACAAGUGGGUCUAAUACAGACUUGCAAGCGUUUCAACUUGGUAUAACCAAUCUAACUGGCCGAGAAAAUGGAUUGUUCUUUUUUAACAAAACACUUGAAAUUACCUACAGUGGUAAUUCGGAACACCAAGUGCGCCCUGCCUGUCUGGAACUGUUUUUCAAAGAUUAUAAAGAAGAGAUAUUCAAUGUUAGCUGUAGAAGAUUUUCAAAGACGAAGGCCACUCAAACCAAACCAGAAUCAAGUUCGUUUUCAACUCUGACAACAGCAGACAAUAAAUCAAGCUCCUCUCUUUCUACGCCACACAAACGUUGGAGUUUCAUUCCGACCAGACCUGAUAAAAAUUUGAAAUUUCCAUCACUAACGACAGCUGAAAGUGUCUUGCCCGCAUCAAAAGCAGAGUCGCCAAACUAUGGUGUGGUUGGGCAGACAUCUGUGUGCCCCGCGGAAAAUUCUUCCGUUGUUCAUGUUUGUCAAGAUAGCUGGGCAAGUGCUGGGCUUGUUUAUCUGGACACAUUAUACACGCCCAAAUUACAGAGUGUGGUCUGUUGGUGCUUCGUUACCGCUCAACGUAAAAAUGCAGCAGUGGCGGCUUCAUAUACAAGUGGGUCUAAUACAGACUUGCAAGCGUUUCAACUUGGUAUAACCAAUCUAACUGGCCGAGAAAAUGGAUUGUUCUUUUUUAACAAAACACUUGAAAUUACCUACAGUGGUAAUUCGGAACACCAAGUGCGCCCUGCCUGUCUGGAACUGUUUUUCAAAGAUUAUAAAGAAGAGAUAUUCAAUGUUAGCUGUAGAAGAUUUUCAAAGACGAAGGCCACUCAAACCAAACCAGAAUCAAGUUCGUUUUCAACUCUGACAACAGCAGACAAUAAAUCAAGCUCCUCUCUUUCUACGCCACACAAACGUUGGAGUUUCAUUCCGACCAGACCUGAUAAAAAUUUGAAAUUUCCAUCACUAACGACAGCUGAAAGUGUCUUGCCCGCAUCAAAAGCAGAGUCGCCAAACUAUGGUGUGGUCGGGCAGACAUCUGUGUGCCCCGCGGAAAAUUCUUCCGUUGUUCAUGUUUGUCAAGAUAGCUGGGCAAGUGCUGGGCUUGUUUAUCUGGACACAUUAUACACGCCCAAAUUACAGAGUGUGGUCUGUUGGUGCUUCGUUACCGCUCAACGUAAAAAUGCAGCAGUGGCGGCUUCAUAUACAAGUGGGUCUAAUACAGACUUGCAAGCGUUUCAACUUGGUAUAACCAAUCUAACUGGCCGAGAAAAUGGAUUGUUCUUUUUUAACAAAACACUUGAAAUUACCUACAGUGGUAAUUCAGAACACCAAGUGCGCCCUGCCUGUCUGGAACUGUUUUUCAAAGAUUAUAAAGAAGAGAUAUUCAAUGUUAGCUGUAGAAGAUUUUCAAAGACGAAGGCCACUCAAACCAAACCAGAAUCAAGUUCGUUUUCAACUCUGACAACAGCAGACAAUAAAUCAAGCUCCUCUCUUUCUACGCCACACAAACGUUGGAGUUUCAUUCCGACCAGACCUGAUAAAAAUUUGAAAUUUCCAUCACUAACGACAGCUGAAAGUGUCUUGCCCGCAUCAAAAGCAGAGUCGCCAAACUAUGUUCCUCUUGUCUUGGGCGUCAUUGCUGGAGGGCUGGUUGUUAUCAUCGUCUCCAUCGUCAUCUUAGGGGUAAACAGGCAGAAAAAGAGAUCAUAUCAGACCAGCAAAUUCACGAAUACCGACUUUGACGGAACUAACAAAUACAAAAUGGAUCACAUCAAUAGAAAGACAACCAGUCAAGAAGCAAAACCUUCAACGUCUGACCUCUCCUAGCCCUGCAACAUAUGAGAAGAGAAGUUGACAUUGCCUUCUACAAUAUACUCUGAAAAAUAGG